AAGGUACGUAUAACUUUGGUCAACUUUGCGGGUAUUUUAAUCAAGUAGAUUAGGUGCUUUAGUCUGCGCAUAUUGCCAUUGCUACUGCCAUAGAGUUGAUGUUUUUGGAAUUUUUUAGUCUGUGUUGUGACAUCACAGCUGUUCGUUUUGCUGUGGUCUGUCUUGCUAGAGAAAAUUGUAAUAAUUACUUUUGAAAGUGAGUGAGGGACAGUCUUAUGUAGACGAUAUUGUUUUUGAAAAGCUGUGAACUAAACGAAAAAUCUACUAUGCCUCUUUUUGGUAAGUCCCAGAAGAGCCCAGCGGAGCUUGUGAGAUCGUUAAAGGAUGCUGUUACUGCCUUAGAGAGAGGCGAUAAGAAAGCUGAGAAAGCUCAGGAGGAUGUCAGUAAGAACUUGGUGUUGAUCAAAAACAUGCUCUAUGGCACUUCUGAUGCUGAACCUCAAACUGAUAUCAUAGUUGCUCAGCUUGCACAAGAACUUUAUAACACAAAUCUUCUGCUUCUUUUGAUUCAGAAUCUGAAUAGAAUCGAUUUUGAAGGCAAAAAGGAUGUUGCUCAGGUGUUCAACAAUGUGUUGAGGCGUCAGAUCGGUACCAGAUCCCCAACAGUGGAGUACAUUUGCACUAAGCCCGAGAUUCUUUUCACCUUGAUGUCUGGAUAUGAACAUCAAGAAAUAGCAUCAAAUUGCGGCACUAUGCUCAGAGAAUGUGCCAGAUAUGAGGCUUUGGCUAAAAUAAUGUUAUAUUCAGAUGACUUUUACAAUUUUUUCCGUUAUGUAGAAGUUUCCACUUUUGAUAUUGCCUCAGAUGCCUUUUCUACUUUUAAGGAAUUGCUAACCCGACAUAAAAUGCUCUGUGCUGAGUUUCUAGAAGCAAAUUAUGACAAAGUAUUCAGUCACUAUCAGCGGCUGCUCAAUUCUGAGAAUUAUGUGACUCGACGGCAGAGCCUUAAACUCCUUGGUGAAUUGCUUCUCGACCGACACAACUUUUCUAUUAUGACACGCUACAUCACCAACCCCGACAACCUAAAGCUAAUGAUGAACAUGUUAAAAGAAAAGUCACGUAACAUACAGUUUGAAGCUUUCCAUGUUUUUAAGGUAUUCGUAGCUAAUCCAAAUAAACCAAAGCCAAUUCUGGAUAUUCUAUUACGGAAUCAAGACAAGUUGGUAGACUUCCUCACCAAGUUCCAUACGGAUCGUUCGGAAGACGAACAAUUCAACGACGAAAAGGCUUACCUUAUAAAACAAAUCAAAGAGCUCAAGCCGUUGGAACACUAACAUUUAUUGCAUUUCGUAAUCGUCACUUCCUCCUCAGAAUGAAGUUAGUUAUAGAUGCUAUUAUAUUCAAACGCUUCUAAUCACCAGAGGGUGUCGCGGCGCCAGACAAAGGGUUCAACUUAAUCAGGAAUUCUAAACGGAUUUAACAUUUUGGUCUGUGAUGAGUCAGGGAAGAGAGUAUAUUUGUGCUACGAGCAAAUUAACAUUUUUAAUAAAGUGUUGUAGUAAUUAGUGUUAUAUAUGGUUUGACUUAUAUUUCGUAAGUUGUUGAAACCAUUUUAGUUUAUAUGACGUGUUUAGUGACAUUUUCGAAGUCACAAUCGAAAUAUUAUUUUGUCAAACUAGCUAGCCUAUUUGUUCCCUAAGUUUUAGCAUUUGGAAGGCGGAGAAGUCAUUUGAGAUCUAUAAUAUAAAAGGGUUUUAUGUUUAAUAUAAUAUGUAUAAUUUUAUUAUAUACAUUCUAAAUAAUUAUCAGAAUUAUUCAUUGUUAAUCUUACAAAAGUAUUAUGUAAUAUAAAAGAUUAAACUAACUGGACAUUCGUGAGGGUGUUGAGUCGAUAAUGAUGAUAAUAAUAUAACUUUGCCUUGCGGUUUUGUCUGUCAUCUUCUGAAAGUUAUUUUUGAAUUGUGUUCGCAACAUCUGUCUCAAUGCUUUGACAUUGUACAGGAAUUGAAAAUUGAUUAAUAUAGUAAUUUAUGAAACUGUAGAUUACAUAAUUUAAAGUUUAUUAAAUGAUACCAGUAUUUUGCACGACUGAGAGUAGUAGUUUUGUACGUCUGGAUUGCAAAAGCAACUUUCAGAAUCUAUUGCUAGUUGUCGAUAAUAUAUCUGCGAAGUUGUUUUAGUUUAACCUUAUAUUAAAGGCAUACAUCCAUUAUAUUGCAUCUAAUUAUCAUACAUUAUUAAUAUUGAUUUCCUUUAAAAAUAAAAAUAAAAUAUUGCAGGAUGUGUACUAGUGGAGCAAUUUAUAAGUAAGUUCGCAAAAUCACAUAGCCGUUGUAUUUUCGUAUUUAAUAUAAGUGUCUUUGUUGUCAAAUUUUUGUACUAUAUUUUAAUGUAUAUUUUUAUUUUGUCACCAUCAUUAUUGCAAUUACAUUCUGUCAAAACUGAAUAAAAUAAGAUAUUUAUAUCA